AUGCUUCCCAGCAAAGUGGAAGAGGCGCCUCAAACGAAUGCUCCACCCAACGACAAAUCAGGCCUCCUCACCCCCUCCCAGAUAGUAGAAGCGCAAUGGACGCCCGAGACUGUCCUCUCCACCAUCACCCCGCGACCCCAACCCACCACCGCCUCCCCCCUCCCCUUCAUGCACCUCCUCACCCGCCUCAAAACCACCAAACGCGAAGGCUGGCGCCGCUUCGGCAUCGACCAUGGCGAGAGCAUCAGCGAUCACAUGUACCGCAUGUCCAUCAUCACCAUGCUAUGUCCACCCUCUCUAUCACAACGUCUAGAUAUCGGGAAAUGCGUGCAAAUGGCACUGGUGCACGACAUGGCCGAGGCACUCGUAGGUGACAUCACGCCCGUGGAUGGGGUGGACAAGGGGGAGAAGAGUCGGCGGGAGGCCGGGACGAUGGAUUUCUUCACCAAGGAUUUAUUAUGUCAGGUUGACGGGGGUGGGGCGCAGGGGGAGAGGAUCAGGGCGUUGUGGCAGGAAUACGAGGAUGCGGGGACGGAGGAGAGUGUGUUUGUUCAUGAUGUGGAUAAGAUCGAGCUUUUGCUGCAGAUGAUGGAGUAUGAGCGGGAGAAAGAAGGGGGGUUGGAUUUGGGGGAGUUCACGCGCGUGGCGGGGAAGAUUCAGACGGCGGAGGUGAGGCAAUGGGCUGGGGAAGUGUUGGCUGAGAGGAAGGUGUUUUGGGAGGGGGUUGGAAGGACGCCGACGGGGAAGUUGGGACUUGAGGCUGAGGGAGAAGGAGGUUGGAAGAGGAAUGGUGGUGGUGGGAAUGAUGGGGUGAGCGAGGAGAGGAAACGACAGCAGGAUGAUUAUUACACCCAUACGAACGGAGCGGCGCACGGGGCGAAAGCGGUGAAGCUUAAUGAUAAGGGCGCGAAGACAGCCUCAUGA